AUGUCUUUCCUCUCCAAGCCCAACAGAAUUUGGCUAUUUGACGUGGAUCGGAAUCCACUUCUGCAUGGAGUAUUAAAGAAAACAUUUUACAACCAGUUCUGUGCUGGAGAGAAUGGAGCAGAAUGCAAGGCCACCAUCAAAGAAAUGAAAGAGAUGGGGUUCAGCGGCAUGAUCUUGACAUAUGCCGCAGAAACAGUGUUUGAUCACAGUACCCAGGCUCAGCAAGGACAGGGCAUUGCAUCUUUGAAAAGCGAGCAUGGGAUUAUUUCCAUCGACCCGAGCAUCGAGGCUUGGCGGAAAGGGACGGUUCAGACCAUCUACAUGACAGAGCCCGAAGAUUACCUCGCAGUGAAGUUGACAGGUGCCGGCGUUAAAGUCACCGAGGCGUUCGCCGCUGGAGAGUUGCCCCCGCAGCAAAUGAUAGAUGCCCUGGAUGAGGUCUGCACCAAGGCCAAGGCGCGAAAAGUCCGCAUCCUCGUCGACGCCGAGUCUCAGCAUUUCCAAAAGGGUAUUUCACGGGUUGCAGUCGAGCUGAUGCGCAAAUACAAUCGCGACGGGUAUUCCACCAUCUAUAAUACAUACCAGGCCUACCUCAAAAGCACACCCGCGACACUGGCCAACCAUCUCGGGGUGGCAACCGAGGAUGGGUUCACUCUCGGCCUCAAACUCGUGAGGGGCGCAUACAUGGCCACGGAUGAACGGUCCCUGAUCCAUGACACGAAGGAACACACCGACAACGCAUUUAAUACGAUUGCGCAGGGGAUACUGAGAAAGAACCUGGGAGAUUAUGGUGACAAGGGCACCCGCAAAUUCCCCUCGGUAAAUCUGUUCCUGGCGAGUCACAACAAGGAGAGCGUGGUGACUGCCCACGAGCUCCACAAGCAGCGUGUCAUGUCUGGCUUGCCUACCGUGCCGGUGCGCUUUGCCCAACUUCACGGCAUGUCUGAUGAGGUCAGCUUUUCGUUGCUUCAGAUGAAUGAUGGCGAUGGAACACCGGAAGUUUAUAAAUGUUCUACUUGGGGAGGUCUGGGGGAAUGCCUGGCUUAUCUUCUUCGUCGAGCGAUUGAGAAUCGUGAUGCUGUUUUGCGGACAGAUAAUGAGUAUCGGGCGUUGAAAGCGGAGGUUUUCCGCCGAGCCAAGUCUGUAUUUUCUCCUUAG